GUUUGAACUUACGUAGCCAGGUGUGUGAAUUGCUGUCCUGUGGUUGGGCCGUGUUGAUUAUUUCCGCGCAGUUUCUAAGGGGGACACGUGCAGUGACUCAGCGGACUGUGCUGAAGAGAAUAACCAGACGUGGUCACCAAGGUAGUGGCGACGCACAGCACGACGGGACAGUAACGGUAAUAGCAGAGAGAGGUGGAGAGACCUCUGACAUUUUUACUGUAACAGUAAUCCAUAAUAGCGUUGUUAAGUGGCCGCGCACGUAUAUAGUCCAUGCAGCUUUGCGCACUUUGGUAGACUCACUUAAAUCAUCCGCAGACUCUUUGCUGUCUUGUCGAUGAAGACCCUUUCCGUUUCUGGACAGGUGACAGCUACUAACUGCCCAAUGGACAAAUAUGAGAAGUUGGCCAAAAUUGGUGAGGGUUCCUAUGGAGUGGUGUUCAAGUGCAGACACAGAGACACUGGACAGAUAGUUGCCAUCAAGAAGUUUGUGGAAUCUGAAGAUGACCCGGUUAUCAAGAAGAUUGCAUUGAGAGAAAUACGAUUGCUGAAGCAGCUGAAACAUGUCAAUUUGGUCAACCUACUGGAGGUCUUCAGGAGGAAAAGAAGGUUGCACUUGGUGUUUGAGUUCUGUGAACAGACGGUUCUAAAUGAGUUGGACAAACACCCUCAAGGGGUACCUGAGGCUCAGCUGAAGAGUAUAGUGUGGCAGACUCUGCAGGCGGUUAACUUCUGUCACAAGCACAAUUGCAUCCACCGUGAUGUCAAGCCAGAGAACAUCCUCCUCACCAAAACCGGAGUUAUCAAGCUCUGCGACUUUGGCUUUGCCCGCAUUCUGACAGGACCAGAGGAUGACUAUACAGACUACGUAGCAACCAGGUGGUACCGGGCCCCUGAGCUGCUUGUCGGUGAUACUCAGUACGGGCCUCCUGUGGACGUAUGGGCCCUGGGCUGUGUCUUUGCAGAACUGCUCCAUGGGAAUCCUCUCUGGCCUGGGAAGUCUGAUGUUGACCAGCUCUACCUCAUUCAGAAAACUCUAGGUGAUUUGAUCCCUCGUCACCGGCAGGUCUUCCGCUCCAACCUUUUCUUCAGUGGAGUCAGUAUUCCUGAACCUGACGCAACGGAGCCCUUGGAAAGGCACUUCCAUGGAGUGUCUCCUCAUGCCCUCCAGGUUAUGAAGUCGUGCCUGGUGAUGGACCCCUCUCUCCGGCUGUCCUGUGAAGAGCUGCUAGAGCUGCCUUACUUCCAGGAGGAGGGAGGAGGCAACUGGGGCCGUGAGUGUGAGCGCCCAGGAAGACGACAAGACAAAGGCUUCCGACGCAGACAGGCAGGAGCUCAGUACCUGCCUCAGUUACCAAACAACAACAUCUCACCAGCACCAGAUGUCAAGAAACAAGUGAAGCAUAAAUAUCACCUGCCCAACAUUUAAUAAAGCAAAUACAAGUUUAUGGCUGAA